GGGCCGAGGGGCCGGGCAGAGCGUCUCGGCUGGGCGAAGGGAAGCUGCGGGAAGCGGAGGCUGUCCGGGGGUGCCUGGGCUGAGCUGGGACUGGCCUGCGUGUGCUCUGUUUGAAGUGCCAUUUCUUCAUUUCUGACCUGGGACUUACAGCAGCUUCCUUAUUUUGAGAUCCGACAGAAGUAGCGUUGUGAGCUGGCUUUCUUGCAGUGUCCCUGUGCCAGCGCAGGUGGAAGAACGGAGCGGGCCGUUAGAGAAAAAUGCAUUCUGAAUGAUAGCUACUGCUUGCUGAACUGAACUGCAGAGAUCUCGUGCCUGGAGAUGGAGAUGAUAAACCAGAGGAAAUAAUCCAACUGCUGCCAUUGUGACACCUAAAAGAUCCUUUGUGCCAAAAUGAGCAGUCUUUGAGAAAAUCCUGGAAAGCUGUUAAACCUGAAAAAUGGGAGAAAGAGUAAGGAGCCCAGAUUCUGAGCAGGAGAGGAAAUCAGACGAGGAUAAAAAUAGUGACUCCUAUUAUUCAGAUGAAGGGAAUGCAUCUCGUUCAUCCAGCCAGUCACCAGCACUAAGCUCUCCAUCUACAAACCAAGAAAAAAGGCAUCACAAAACACAGACUUCAAACAGCCUGUUGCACUACCAAGCCACAAAGAAAUUGGAUUCCAAAUAUGCACCAAGCAAAAGAGGGACACGGUGGGGUUUCCGUUCUCAGAGCCUCACCAGGGAUUCUCCUGCAAAAGAUAUAGAUCUUGUUACAAAAAGAGUUCUUUCUGCUAGGCUGCUGAAAAUCAAUGAGCUCCGAAAUGAACUCACUGAACUCCACAUCAAACUGGAUGAGCUGCAGAAGGAAAACAGGGCACUGAAGAGGCUUCAGCACAGGCAGGAGAAAGCCUUGAAUAAGUUUGAAGAUACAGAAAACGAAAUCUCUCAGCUCCUCGCUCAGCACAACAAUGAGAUUAGAAUAUUAAGGGAGCGCCUACGAAAAUCUCAGGAGAAGGAACGUGCAACUGAGAGACGGCUGAAAGAUACAGAAGAUGAACUGUACAGGAAAAAAACUGUCUUGCAGAAACUGAAAAAACUGUCUGCAGAUAAGCACCUUGCUGAAAGAGAUGACCUGGCAAAGAAACUAGCCUUAGCAGAGAGCAAGCUGGAGGACAGGGAAAAAAGAAUUAAGGAUCUGGAAAGAAAUCUUGAAUUAAGUAGUAGCAGUUUUCAACGAGAGUUACAUUCAAAGAAAAAAAAGUUGCACGAGGCUCAAGAAGAAAACAGAGUUCUCCAAGAGGAACUUAAUCAUCUAAAUCAGAAGCUGAAGGAAAAAGAAAGAGAACUUGAAGCAAAAAAUAUAUAUGCCAAUCGUAUGUUGAAAUCAUCACCUAGAAAAGACAUGGAUAUUGUACAAAGAAAAAGAGCCAACAACCAAAAUAUAAAAAAGGGACUACAGCUCACAAAAAGUAUACAGACCAGUGGAUGCUUCUCACCAGCAGAACUUCUUCCAGAAUCAGAACUUGCCUGUGCUGACGCAGCAAACAAGAAAGAGGGAAUUCUUCCUAAAAUAGAAAAAGAAACUCAAGACAAAGCAUGGAAAGAACAAACAGAACUCUUAAGACAAGAACAAGACAGGGAGAGGGAAGAGAAACUGAAACAUUUUCAGGAAAUACAGUCCUUGGAGGAGAGGGUUCCAAAACUUCCUGAUGAGUGGCAAAGGAAAGAAUAUGACAAAAUUAAAAAAGAAAGCAACUUUUUAUUGGAUAAAGAAGAGAAAAUAAAGAUGGAGACAGAAAUUCACAAACCUGAAGUAGAAAGAGAAAGCACUGAAACACUGGAAGAGCGGCGAAAAAGAGAGUUCCUGCUUGCUAAAAUGCAAGAAAUUGAUAGAGAAAUUCAAAAUACAACAAACACAAAACCAACUUCCCAAGCACCACUCAUAAAUACAGCAAGAAAAUCUGAUUCCCUAGAGAAAAAAGAGAAAACUAAUCCAUUCUUUGAGAUUCCUGGGAAAGUUACUAAUGGAUUUCCUGUAAAGGACAGCCAGGAUGAUGGCACAAGGGCACAAGGGCAGAAGCAGCGAAGCGUAAGGACUGUAGAUUUAAGUGGUGAGUUAGCAUUUGGUAGUUAUGUACCUUCCUUUGGGAAGGGAUCAGGGAGACCAAGUUGGCUCACUGAGAAAAGUGACAAAUUAGAAGAAAAUGUUAAGGAAAAUGCAGAUUUUGACAGUAAGAAAGAAAAGAAGUCCAAUUUAAUGGAACAACUCUUUGGAAGCAGUACUGUUCUUCUUUCUAAAAAUAACAAUACACCACCUUUGGACAUAGAUUGGGGCUCUAGUAAUAAGCCUUUUGUUGAUAAAAACAGUAAAGUCAAAGAAGACAAUGGGCUGUUUGGUGAAGGAAGAAGCCUAAACAGACCCCGUCUGCAGUACACUACAAACAAGCCAGGAAUUAGUACCCUUGGUUCUUUAGAAGAUGAAGUUGAAGAAGUAGUCUUACAGUGAUCGUGUUUUAUAUGUUUCAUAUGUAAAUACUGAAAAACUAUUUUCUUGUAAUAUUUAUUAGGUAUAGAUUUGAAAUAUUUCAGAUUUAUUGUAAAGCCUUAUGAAGGAAUAAUUUACAUAGAUGGGUAUGUGUAUAGAGGAGAGAUGCAGAGGAGAGAUGCUUGGGGUUUUUUUACCUGUAUUUUUACCUGUAGGUCACUCACAGUACGCUGCUUUUCAUUUGGAGUAUUUCUUUUAGGCCUCAGAUACUUUCUUUAUUGGGCAUUUUAAGAAUGCCCAGUGCUCUUAACUGUGCCAGGAGAAGGCAUGUGUAAUAUCAGUCAUGAAAUGAGUCGAAGAGACAUUCUUAGCACUAAUUCUCUUAGAAAGAGUAUCUUAUGCUGCUGCCAUGUUAUCUCAGAAUGUCAAAAGAAGCACAAUUAACUCAGGAACAGUUGCUCUCUACUUUUGCAUAGGUUUUUGUGGACCUUACUACCAAAUGUGUAACUCUUCUCAUAUAUUCAGAUUAUAUUUGUUAUACAAUGCCAUCUUUUGUAAUUUCUGAAUUUUCUAUGUAAAAUUCCAAUCAUUACUAAGUAAUUUUUAAACAAAAUUGUUUUAUUAAAUGAGUUGAGUGAAUUUCUUGUGUGUAGAUCAUCUUUAACACAAAGUUCUGACUUCUUGUAUCAUAUUAUUGGUAUUGGGGAUGUUGCCUUGUGAAGGCUGACCUAGAACAGAGACUAAACAGAGUUAAAGAAUAAAGUAGGUAUUUAUUAGAAGGCCUCAAUGGACACACCUUGGGCAGCACAAGAGCCCAACCAGGGCUACACCCAAGAUGAACCCAAAAUGGUCACAAAAUGGAUGUCCAAUCAUGAGGUAUCACUCUUUUAUAAGUUCUGGUCCAUUUGCAUAUUGGAGUUAAUUGUCCAGUUACACCUUCAGAUUAUGAAGUCCCAUCCUGCUUGUAUUUCUCUCUUCAGUCCACAUUGCUCUUGGGCCUGAAAUGUGGAUUGUUUGUCCAUGGUCCCCAGCUAGAGAAGGAAUUGUUUUGUCUCCCUACCCUGUGAAGAGAGCUUACUAUCCCCUUACAUGAAGCUCAGAACUACACACUAAAGCAGUACAGAAUCUGAAAAAUAUAAAAGCUAAAACUUGAGGCAUCAGGGGGAGUUGGUUGCAACUUCACUCAUCAUAUUAUUUACUGGUUGUGCUGUGUACACAAAUGAAAAAGAUAGGCAAUGAAGAAUUUAGCAGUAUUCUAGGAAAUAAGCUGAAGGUCAUUCCUUAAGCUGAAGGUCAUUCCUUACUAGAAGAAGAGAUUUUCAAACACCGUCUGAUAUGCUCCCUCUGAGCCUGAUUCAAAACACACUAAAAUACAGAGAAUUCUUACGAUUUAAAGAUGCAUUGAGUCAAGAUUUUUCUGAACACAGUGGCUCUUCUGAAGAGAAAGGCUGGUGUCUUCAUCAUGCAGUAACUCUCUUUGCUCCUCCCUUUCAGAAAGAAAAUUAGUUCCAGAUCCAGGGUGUGGGACAGUUCUCACCAGGUGCCCAGUAGUGAAUAGCAGCUCAUGUUCAUCUGCUUGCUUACAAUCCCAAUUGCAUUCAUUGUGGUACUACAGAACUUACCUGGCUCGUUAUGCCUGCAGAUGGUCAGAAUAUCAGAAAUAUUUUAACCAACAACAGUGAAUUUAACUGUGUGUUGCUUUCCUGCAAUGACUUUUUGGGGUAAAUACUGUGGUGUAAGAGGUAGGAGAGGGCUGUGGGUAAACACUGUGGGUGUUUGUGACUGGGUACUUACUUGUCUUGUCCUACCUGUGGGUGGUGUUGUCUCUUUGGAAGCAGGUGCUUUGCUCCUGAAGAUGACAUUCAGGUGGAUUGUUUAUUUCCUGUGGUUGAGGAUUAUAAGGCAUAAAACAAUCAUGUAUCUGCUGCAGGUAUUAAGGAGGGGACUAUUGGUUUUGUUUCUUUGGAAGUCAGCUCAUUAACAACUGACAAAUUCCAGCUAUUGAACUGAACUGGUGUGCUGAACUGAUGUGCCCUGCUGUUUCAAUUACAAAUGUAUAGUUUCUAAGCUGUUUUUUAUUAUCAGCCCCUUUUUAACCUCACAAAUAUUCACAUCCUGUUACCAGCCUCUUCCUAAAGCAAAUACUGUGGUGACUCACACCAAAAAUAAAAGAUGUAUUUGCAUUAGGAAGGUGAAAAUAAGUUGAUCUGCUGGAAACAGUGUCACAGAUAUAAUUUCUCUUUUCCUCUCAUGUCUGUCUAUCUCUACAGUUUAUUCUUUUCUCUUGCUGCAUUUUCUAGUUUUAGAGUUACUGGCAAAAGUACCAUUACAGAUACAAUGUGUGAAAGCACAGAUAAUCUUCUGAUUGCGGGAGGAAAUGUUUGUGUCCUUGUAACAUCUGUAAGCAGCAUUUCUUCUGUGGAGUAACAGUUUUCUGCUCACUAGAAGAAACUUUUGCAAGGUCUUGAAAGGCUCUGUACACCUUACAAAUGGGCACAUUGAUCCCCUGUAGUCCUUUGGACCCCUGGUCUCAGCUGCUGUAGCUGGACAGUCUGCAUGUUUUAGUGCUUUUUAGUGGUGGCAGUGUCUUAACAGCAUUUGAUUGACUGCAAAAAAAAAAUUCCAGCUUUUGCAGUAAAAAGUAGGUCACAAAAGUUUUGAUGACAAUUUGUGUAUGAUUUUUUUGUCCAGUUGUAGGUUCUGUUUGAUGUUUAGACCAUAUGGCUAUUACAUCUGUUCUUGCUUUCCUUCUGAACCAUCAGAGGUGAUGGAAGAAAUUCCUCCAUUCCAACAGGGAAGGAUCAUUCAAUUUUGAUUAACAGUUUUAGUGCAAUAUUCAGGUUCAUUAUUACUGUCCUGGAAAAAAUGGUCUUGCAGCUCUGAUUCCCAGGAGAGUGGUCAUCAAACAAAAGUAUCUGAAGAGCAUCUGAUGAGGGUGGUCAGGUGUCAGGGCUCACCUGACAGAGAAAACAGGAAGAUUUAGGAAGGAAUAUUUUUCUCUUUGAAAGAGGAAAUGAACUGGUGAGUGUGUCGGGGGGUAUAAUAGAUGUUCUGUAAUCCAGAAGAAAUGUAAACCACUGGAGGAGAACUUGGGAGACCCUUCACAACUUUGAACUGAAGCCUCUCAGCUGAGGUAAGAAAAGGAAAGUGGGAAAUGUUUAAACACCUUUAAUAUUUUUCCCAGAUCUGUGGAAUAUUUGGGCUAGCUAAAAAGUGGGAGUUUGGGGGAAAGUGAUUUUCUAUAACCUUAUGGGAUCCUCUGUUUGUCAGUUUGCUUCUUCUAUUGCAACCAAGGACACUUAGAGAGGAUGAGCUUAGGCUACUUGGUGGCCUCAAGUUCAUUGCUGGUCCUGAGACAGAAGGUUCUAUCCAGCCAAGCCUGAGCCUAUUUGCACUGUCAGGAGGUGGGACAGAAUAUCUAAUCUGGCAUGUUAGGAGUACCGAUUCGAUUUUGGGGCUGGUGGCUACAGGAGCAUCAGCAGGGCUUUCACUGAUACUUGUGGUCUGCAAAGUGCUUUGGGUGAGCCUUUGCUAUUCAAGAGAAUAGUAAUAAAUUCUGCAUAGUGCUCUGAAGCAGAGACCAGCACAAACCAGUGUGGCAGACACGAGUGCCUUCAGGAGAGUCAUGGUUCCAGCAAGGGAGGUUUUGUUCCCAGCAUCGCAUGGCUCCGCUGAGCCUGACCUACUCUUGUUCCAAAAUGACAACUUUAAGCAUAAGAGAUGCCCCGGGUGACAUUGCUCAUUUAUAAAAUUCCCUUUUGUUGGAUCAAAUUUAAUGUGGUCUCCUGUUUCGAAUUAUCUCUUUGAUUAGCUGCAAAGUUUUGAUGUCUGCAGGAGGAGAACAAUUGCAUCAGUGUGUGCUGUCAGCCGGGACUCGUGGCUGCUGGGGAGUUGCUAGGAUACCUCUCUAAAAGGUCUCAUGCCACCCAUGUGAAAACCCUGAGGAGAUGAGAGGCCUUCUCCGAGUCACAGUGGCCAGUGGUGGAAGUCAGACUAGGAAUUUCCACAUUGUCAUGCAUUAUAAGGCACUGUCCUCAAUUUUCUUUGUGUAUGGGCAUCCUCUAUCCAAGUCUCAAGUAUAGUGCAGUUCUGGAAUGAGUUGUGUUCAAUUUUUUUUUUUUUUUUUUUUUU